AUCAAAGGAACGUAUUGGACAUAUCGUGCAUGCAUAUUUUGGGUAUGCGAAAGCACUGUUCAAAGUGAGUGUCGUGCAAGCACAAUCGAUCAAAAACAACAACAAAUUCUGAGCAGUGGCUCCAUCAUUUCAGAUCAGAAUCAAAACAAUGGUCACCUGAUUGGACAGCACUCAUGGAUCUUUUAUGAUAUAGAAAUUUGCUGAUAACGCACGUUGUUAUCAACAAAACCACUCGGUAUGCCCCGAAGAAUACAUUUUGAAUCCUGACAAUAUUUUGACAACACUUCAAGCUCUUGAAUUAACAAGGGUGCGUAAAAACAAUGAUGAAGGAGGAGCUCAAAUGGUUGACGAUAUGGAAAGAACGUAUAAUCUCUCUGAAAACAAUUCGGAUAGUACUUCUACAAGUGGACAAUGGAGAAAAUCUGAAGGAGCUGAAACAGCUGGACAAAUAGUUCAAGUGUCACCACAAAAACUCAAUUUGAAGUUGAGAGCAAGACAGCCUUACAGUAUAUACAUGAGUUACACCGUGGCCGAAGAUUACCCCGUAGACCUGUACUACAUUAUGGGCUUCACAAAAACGGCGGAAAACAAUAAAGAGAAGUUAUCCUCCCUGGGUGAGCAGUUAGUUUAUACCAUGAAAAAUCUGACAUCAAAUUUUCGGCUGGGAUUCGGGAGUUUCGUUUCAGCUAAUCUAACACAUCCAUGUGAAGACUGUGAUGCACAUCAUGGCUUCAAACAUGCCAUGAAACUGUCGAAUAAUACACAAAACUUUUUACAAAUGGUGAAAGAAGCCAAUCUAAUCGAAAAUUUAGAUGCUCCAGGUGUAUUAAAUUCUAUCAUGCAAGCAGUGGUGUGUCAAGAUCAAAUUGGCUGGAGAAAACAAGCUCGACGAUUACUUGUAUUCGCAACUGAUGCUAGAUUUCACUAUGAAAAAGUUGAAAAGCUUGGUAUAACUAGCAAGCCCAACGAUGGUCAGUGUCAUUUGUCAGAAGAGAGAAAUCACUUUCAGUCUUCUCGACAGGAUUAUCCAUCUAUCAAGCAAAUCGGUUUGAAAGUUAAAAGCAAUUCAGUUAACGUUAUUUUCGCAGUUACAGAGUCAAAUCUUGGAAUGUAUGUAGAUCUCACCAAAUCAAUUGAAGGAGCAAUGGUGGGCAAACAGGAAGGAGACUUUUCCAAUAUUAGAGCACUGAUAGAAGAGCAAUAUGAACAAAUAUCAUCUAUAGUUGAAUUGAAGCACAAUGCUUCUACCGACGUCAGCAUUACAUUUUUCACAAGAUGUCUGAAUUCUAUGGGAGCUUUGGUGAAUACAAAUAUAUGUGGCAAUUUGAAGGUAGGAAAUAUAAUCGAUUUCCAAAUUGAAAUAGAAGUUCUGAAAUGUCCCGAAAAACGAUCUGAUUACUUUCAAACCAUUCAGAUCUAUCCUGUUGGAAUUAACGAAAGUUUGACUAUCGAUUUGGAACUGAUCUGUGAAUGUGAUUGUGAAAAAACAAACGAUAGGUUUUAUAUGGAAAAUGCUACAGCCUGCAAUUAUCUCGGAACCUACAAGUGUGGAGUAUGUGAAUGUUAUCCAGGGUCAUUUGGUAAACACUGUGAAUGUAUUAUGAAUGAAAUAUUUAGAAAUACAACUACCCCAGACUGUAUUCCUCCUGAUAAUUCAGGCUCAGAGUGCUCGGGAAGGGGACAAUGCAUAUGUGGUGUUUGUGAAUGUGAAUUAAGGGAGAACUUCGAUGAGCAAAUUUCUGGGAAAUAUUGUGAAUGUGACAACUUUUCUUGCGAACGUAAUGAUGGCGAACUCUGUAGCGGACCUGAACAUGGAAUUUGUAACUGUGGUGUUUGCAAUUGUAAAGAUGACUGGACUGGUUCGAAUUGCGCUUGCAAAAAAUCCAAUGCAACAUGUUACGCUCCUGGAGUUGACAAUGGGAAAUUAUGUUCAGGUCAUGGAAUAUGUGAAUGCGGGGUUUGCAGAUGUGAAACAGCAGAAGAGGGACGCUACUCAGGAAAGUUCUGUGAGAAGUGUCCUACUUGUUCUGGUAGAUGUAUGGAGUUCAAAGACUGCGUUCAGUGUCAACAAUAUAAGACUGGACCUUUGAAAGACCAGAAAGAUUGUAUUGCGAAUUGUACCAAGUUUGUUCCCAUAGCUGUAGUUGAAGUGAUAGUCGAUGAAAAUAAUAAUGAAAAUUUGUGUACUUACUACGAUGAUGAUGAAUGUAGAUUCGAAUAUGUUUAUUAUUUUGAUAAUGAAAAAAAUAUUCAAGUUCGAGCCCAACAAGAAAGAAAGUGUCCAGAUAAGGACAUUAAGAAGUCAGAUAUUUCUAUUGUAUAAGAAACAACACCACAAACUUUUUUUUUCACAUCAGUGAAGGAUAAGACCGAACUGCAACCGACUAUGGCUAAUAUAUAUGUUUUUGAUAAUUUGUUGAAGACAAAAAGGAUGGUGUUCCCAUAAGGAAAAAAUACUCGCAACAAAAUGGCAAUGACUAAGUGAAAACCUUUAGGUCCAUUUUUCGAUUCGAUACCAUAAGAAUGCUUUCAGCUAUAUAUUGCUGCAACUAAUGGAUUGGAAACAAAAGAGUUUGAUGAUGAAACUGAUUCGUUAUGGACUGAACGAAGAUAUAUAGGUACAACUCAAACUCGUAUGAUCCAAUUUACUAUUUAUUUGACAAAAAAGUUUAUAAUCAAUAAAAACGUAUUCAUAUCAGUAUAUAGUUGAUAUAUUGUUUCAUUAUGAAUAUUGAAAAUAAAGGCAAGAAUUAUAAAUCUUUCAA